ACUGUGUCUCUGUAGAAUCCUCAGGGUUUUAUUAGCCCCGCCCCUCCGCUCCGUGCCAGUAGACAACGCAAGCGUACAGCUCGUUGCUAUGGCGACGCGUCCGAACAGUCAACAGCAGUUUAACGGAAGUGUGUUUUUUAAUCGGAGCUGAAAUCUGAAGAGGCCAUCGCCAUGACAGCAGGAGCCGUGUCAGCGCCGCUCAUCAUUCCCAUCAUGCACCUGCACACACACAGAGCCAAGAACCACGUGGACACACACACACCUGUGUCCAUGCACUCAGAUACCCCCUCCUCUCAGAUCUUCUUUUCACUGGACGGCUCGAAGCCAGAGGCGGAGCCUCGGGGGGGCAGCAGGAAGUACAGUGGGCCGCUCCUGUUGCAUGCUGGGAAGGUGACGGUCAGAGCGAUGGCUGUCACCAGUGACGGCAGACGCAGCUCCACGGUGACGAAGGUUUUUAUCGUUGAUCAGGCCGAUCCCAACAGGAAGUCGAGCGAGGAGGACUUCCUGCUGAGCGACCUGCAGCGUCCGUCUGAAGGAGCCUCUGCUGGUUCUCCACUGAGGCCUCCAGAGCCGAGGAUGAUGGGAAGCUCUCCUCUCGCAGGUCCUCGGUUUCUGAUUGGUCGGCUGGGCUCUCCGAACAGAAAGCAGCAGACCGGACCCCCCCCACGUCCCCCAGCAGAGAGCUCAGGUGGGUUGAGCAGCACGGAGACGUCCAGAAUCCAGAGAGAGACCGACUUCCUAAGGUGUGCUCAGUGUCUCACUCUCCGUCCCUCCGACCCGUUCUCUCGGUUCUGUGCUCAGUGUGGAGCAGCACUUCCUGGUUUACCUGCACAGAGACCGCCCCCUGCUGAGGGAGGACAGGUGGUGUCCUGUGUGUCCUGUGGUUCUCGGGUUCCUGUGAACACUCGGAGCUGUUUGAUCUGUGAAACCUCCGUCACACAGCAGCCUCAGGCCAGCAUCAAACUGCAGGAUCAUGUGAUGUGUGUCAGCUGUGGUUGUGGGAAUCCAGCUCAGGUCUCCAGAUGUCUGACCUGUGAGAGCCGCCUGCAGCCGGCGGUGUGUGUGGGCAGCAGCGCCCCCUCUGGCAGGAUGUUGAGCUGUUCUCGGUGUAAACGGUUGAACCGUUCUGACGCCAGAUUCUGCGACUGGUGCGGCUCCAAGGGUCAUGCAGUCAGUUGUGUGUUGUGUUGGCGCUGUGGAGCGAGUGCCCCCCCGAACGCCUCCUACUGCCCCGCCUGCAGCACCUUCCUUCAGGCUCCGCCCCCCCGAACAUCCCGCAGUGACAUGACAACACCUGUCGGGGGCGCCAAGGCCAAACAGGCUUCAGCACCGACUUCCCAUGAUGCAACCUUGCAGGCCACACCCUCUAAAGGCCCCGCCCCCCGCAAAAGGAUGGCCCCGCCCACUGCUGAGUGCUCCACUCAGACUGUUGGACUCUAUUACCCAUCAGCCACCGAGCUGCAGAGGAAGGAGCAACAGAGAGAGAAACGCAGCAAAACAAACGCAGAGCGACAACCGGCGAGCGCCGUCAGCCCGGGGAGAGGUUUCUGGAGGCAGCAGGUGGAUCAUGUGUGUUCUCACCUGAGGAGUUACGCUCAGAACAACGCCUCCUUCAGGACACUGCUGGGAGAACCUCGCCUCGGCCGGAUGGUCUCGGCUGUGAUUCAGGAGGAUCAACAUGAGGUCACUGUGAGCGUCAGCUUCGUGUCGGCCGGACGGGAACCUCUGCAGGUGGAUCCUGCAGGAGACGGAGACUCUCUGAGCAGCGUCACAGAAACAUCUGCCCACAGAGGUCUGAUGAAACCUCCCAAACUGAACCGGACUCCCAAACCUCCGGUGCUGGACGUGCAGCUGCUGGAGGAGCUGGGUCCGGGGGGGGGUCGGGUCAGCGCCGUGCAGCAGCUCCUGGACCAGGGGGCGGAUCCUUCCUGCUGCCACGGCGACGGCCGGCACGCGCUGACGGUUGCCGUGGUGAACGGUCACCAUGACGUACUUCCUGUUUUGGUGCAAAGAGGCGCCGACGUGGACCAGCAGUCCGGACCGAAGAGGACCACGGCUCUGCAUGAAGCUGCAGCUCUGGGACCUGAAGGCCUGCAGUCUGCGAGAGUCCUGCUCAGCUGUAAGGCGAGCGUUGGGCGCAGGAGCUCCGGUGGUCAGACGGCGUACGACGCGGCGCUGAGAUCCGGCUGCAGAGAGACCGUGUCCCUGAUCACAGCUCAGACCGGAGACCAGCUGCUGAGACAACUGACCGAGCCUGGACGUCUCCUGAACCACAGACUGAACCUGGACGUCUCCUGAACCACAGACUGAACCUGGACGUCUCCUGAACCACAGACUGAACCUGGACGUCUCCUGAACCAUAGACUGAACCUGGACGUCUCCUGAACCACAGACUGAACCUGGACGUCUCCUGAACCAUAGACUGAACCUGGACGUCUCCUGAACCACAGACCAAACCACAGACUGAACCUGGACGUCUCCUGAACCACAGACUGAACCUGGACGUCUCCUGAACCACAGACUGAACCUGGACGUCUCCUGAACCACAGACUGAACCUGGACGUCUCCUGAACCACAGACUGAACCUGGACGUCUCCUGAACCACAGACUGAACCUGGACGUCUCCUGAACCACAGACUGAACCUGGACGUCUCCUGAACCACAGACUGAACCUGGACGUCUCCUGAACCACAGACCAAACCACAGACUGAACCUGGACGUCUUCUGAACCACAGACUGAACCUGGACGUCUCCUGAACCACAGACUGAACCUGGACGUCUCCUGAACCACAGACUGAACCUGGACGUCUCCAGAACCACAGACUGAACCUGGACGUCUCCUGAACCACAGACCAAACCACAGACUGAACCUGGACGUCUUCUGAACCACAGACUGAACCUGGACGUCUCCUGAACCACAGACUGAACCUGGACGUCUCCUGAACCACAGACUGAACCUGGACGUCUCCAGAACCACAGACUGAACCUGGACGUCUCCUGAACCACAGACUGAACCUGGACGUCUCCUGAACCACAGACUGAUCCUGAGUCUGUCUGAAGCAGCCGGAUGUGGACUUACUGCAAGAUAGAUUUGACAGUGAUAGUUCUCUGGUUUACUGGCUGUAGUUUGAGAUCAUUUUCAUAAUGCAGAUUUCUUGAUAUCUUCUAGAAUGUGUCUAUCUGUUAAAUGUCAGAAAAGUUGUGAAGUGUCUUUAAAUGUCUCGUUUCUACAGCGACAUCUUCAGCAUGAAACUCUUCCACCCUGUGCCUCGUCCCAGAGACAGAUGUAAGAUGUGUCCACGUCUGAAAUAAAGCUUGUUUUAAAGAAG